UAUCGGUAAAAUAUACGAAUAUUCCCGAACUAUCGCGAGAGUCGUGGCGUCAUGUGUCGUGCGUGCUCCGAAGACUCCGGAGUUCUCUGCGUCUCUCCUCGAUCGAACGAACCAGCUGAUGGCUCUUUCUCUUUCGUGGCGAUUACUUACGGCCGCGCGACUGGCCGAACGAUCGCGCGACUCGACAUGGCGACUCUUGUCUACCAGCUCGUUUCUCUCCGGCAGACUGGUACCCUUCAUAUUGGCGGACAUCGGUGAGGGAAUUCGAGAUGUCACGGUGAAAGAAUGGUUCGUGAAACCAGGGGACCAGGUGAGCCAGUUUGAUAACAUCUGCGAGGUGCAGAGCGACAAGGCCUCGGUGACAAUCACGAGUCGCUACGAUGGCCUCAUCAAGACUCUGCACUACAAGAUUGACGACGUCGCGUUGGUUGGUUCGGCAUUACUGGACUUCGAGGUGGAGGACGACUCGACAGACGUCGCGGGCGAGACCGCAAAGAGUACCGAGACUGACCAGAAGACUGACAAUUCGGGGAGUAGCGAGAGAAGAAUAGACGGAGAGAAAUCGGAGGAUAUCUUGAGAGAUGGGAAGGUGCUGGCGACCCCGGCGACGAGGAGGAUAGCCAGGGAGAACAAUAUAAGGCUGCAGGACGUGACAGCGACCGGCAAGGAUGGAAGAGUGCUCAAGGAGGACAUGCUGGCGCACCUGAAGAAAAUUAGUGCGAGUCCGGAAGCUAAGGUGAAAGUUUUGUCGAGCGUGACGGGAAGUACGGUCGGUCUUAAAGGAUACACGAAACACAUGUGGAAAACUAUGACGAAAUCUCUGAGCAUACCGCACUUCGUCUACAGCGACGAGUGCAACGUUGACCAGGUGACUCGCUACCGAAACGAAGUGAAGGACUCCUUGAAGGAACGGGGCGUCUCCCUUACCCUUAUGCCGUUCUUCGUGAAAGCGGCUUCGCGGGCGCUGGAGCAGUGCCCCGAGUUGAACGCCUGGCUCGACGAGGAGAACCAGACGCUGCGGAUCCUCGACAAUCACAACAUCGGCAUUGCCAUGGACACUCCGCAGGGCCUGGUGGUGCCGAACAUCAAGAAUGUGCAGAAUCUCAGCGUUUUGGCGAUCGCGCGGGAGCUCAACAGGCUUCAGGAGUGCGGUAGCAAAUCGUUGAUACCGCUCGCCGAUCUGGCCGACACGACAUUUUCACUGUCAAAUAUAGGCGUGAUCGGUGGAACGUACACGAAGCCGGUGAUCGUGCCGCCGCAGGUGAUAGUCGGAGCAUUUGGACGGGCGCAGAGAGUGCCGCGAUUCGACGACAAGGGGAAUGUAGUUCCGGCCAGCAUCAUGUCGGUCAGCUGGUCCGCGGAUCAUCGCGUCGUCGACGGCGUGACGGUGGCCAAGUUCUCCAAUCUGUGGAAGCACUACGUGGAGAAUCCGACGUAUCUGUUGAUCGGCGCGUGAAUCGUCGUUUACAGACGUACAAUAAAUUCACGCGAGCAUUUUAAUUCUUACGUUACUUAUAAAAAUCAACAGCGUUAUUCAACGCUUUCGCCAUAUAACCCUCGUAAUCUCAGUUUGAUAAUUAAUAUACAGGAGGUCUAACAUGGCUCAACUAUAAAAAGAAGAAAAGACGUAUUCAGCUUCGGACAUAAAAUUUUAUGUACUGUACCAUCUGCACAAAGCACUGAUAUGUGCUAAUAUACAUAUCAGUAUUUCGUACGCUGAUACCCAUCUUUUUUUCUUAAAUUUAGCGCUCGAUCCUAUAUAUAGGAGUCAGGUGGAUCCUAUAUAUAGCUAUAAUAUGUAUGCUUAUGUAUAUAGGCGCGGAAUUUGUAUUGCGAGUUAAAAAUUAUAUGUAUAUAUGUUACAUAGCGAUUUUAAAAUUAGAUGCAAUUUUAAGAUCAAAUCCCACGAAUUUUUCGAGAGUCUACCGCGGCACGAAACAACGUUGUUAAUGAUAUUAUCUCGAAGUUCUUACCUGUGCGAGGAUUGCGAAGAAGAAUCACGUUCCUUUACAUAGCGAUACGAUUAUUGCGUUUUAUAUUUUAUAGAACAUCUUUGUGUAUUUUACGUAUCUUUCGAAAAGGUACCAUAGCUGCAUCAAUUUUGUACUGCCUUACCUUUUACAUGUGUAGCUCCGUCUUUUAUCUUGUAAUUGACUAAUUUUGUACGCGCACAAUAAAAUUACUACUGGAUCUUGGAA